AAGUGAAGGUUGCUAAGGAGCCUCUCUGAUAGCCUAACAUUCAUUGGAGAAGCAUUAUGUAAUCAAUUUUCCAUUAUUUCCCUGUUUCAGCUAUUUGAUGGAGCUUCGACAUUGUCGGAUUCACAUUUCUCCAGUAUUGGGAAUCAGAUUGAUUAUCCUUGCUGGCAUUGGCUCGUGUGUGUUUGUUUCUUCCUUUUCAAGUGAGGUCAUUUUUUUUUUACCCUUUCUACCUUUUAAUGAUGUUGACUGUCAUAUCCUUGUGGUUCUGUUGGUUAUAAUGUCCUCUUAUUUAAAUUGCUCCUUUCUAGACAUUGGCUCCAAAAAACUACAAACAACCUUUAUUUCUUUCCUAUUUGCAAUCCACCUCUUGUAUGUUCAUCCUCUCUUAUUUUCAAAAUUCAGGAGGCUCUGCAUAACUCAAAUGUUGAACCGAACGCAGCGCAUUGUCCUGAGACAUAUAUUUCCAAGUCGUAUUUCAAGAAACAUGCUUACCUUCUUGAUCCAGAUUUUCAAGAUUUCAUGGCACACGAACUUCACACUGGGUCAUGUGAAGCGUUGCAAGAUAAACUCAAUCUUGUGCCAAGAUUGUCAAUUCUGCAUCAGCAUCUGAUUGGUGAAGGUUCUCAUCGUCGUCUAUCUUCGUCCAUCAGAUUUAAAAGUCUUCCAGAGUCGUUACCUGAGGUACCUGCACACUUUUGUGAGGCCAUAAUCAUUGAAAGACUACCUUCUGGAGUCUUUGCAGAUCCAUUUGAGCUACAACAUCUUCUCCAGCGUGGUGUGUUUGCUGAUGCAGCUGUUUUUGGAGACAUAAAUUUGGAAUUGCCUUCAUUUCGGUCAAAUCGGUCCAUUGUUGAGAUUCACUUGGAUAUUGGUCCUAAUAUAUUAUCAGGACACAAAAAUGAAGUCGAAAUUAACAUUGAACUUCCGUUGCAUGCACGAUAUCCGCCCCUAGGAAAACGUGGCUUUUCAGCAGUUCAGUUUGGCUUGCCCGACUUAUUUCUGCGCUGCAGCAUUGAAGGAAAGUCGCAUAAUGAGAGCUGUUUAUUUAUGUCAACCCACGGAGGAGCUGAAUCUCAGGUUGUUGCCGCUGUGUGGGAAGUACCUUGUGGAAUUAAGGAACAUGAAGGUGUUGUCUCUGUUAUUACUUUCAUCACAGCAAUUGUAUCAGCUCUUCUAAUUGUUUUAACCUCCAUUCAUUAUUCAGAUAUCACAGACUGCAAUCAUUUGAAACAAUCUUGAUUCUUUGCCGAAUCUUCUUCUUUUCGUUCUCUUUUUUUCUGAAUUUUCCUCUUCCAAUGGAACUCUCUCUUGAAACAUUUCCAGAAACUCAAGCCCUAUUUCCUCUUCUUCUUUCGUAGGUUCUUCUUGCAGCCUUAUCCCUUUUAGAAAUUCUUCUUCCCUUUACAUGGAACAUGUUUUGUGGCUUGAUGAUUCUCAAUGUACUUAAAGAUUAUAGUGGAUUUAGCUGUAUAACUCCUGUAGUUGUAUGCUCUUUUCUUCCUUGUGAUUUGCUGUCCUCUUUAUUGUCAUUGCAUUUUCUCAUUCUUGAGAUAAGCUAUUUGAAUUGGUUUGUCAUAAAUUC